UCUCUUCUUCACUUCUCCUCUUUCUCUCCCAGUCACUCACUCACUCUUUCUCCACCGCCAUCACCACCGCCGUCUGAAAUGGGGAACUGCAACGGAGCACCUGGAAACCACCCUCCGAAUCAAAACCCAGGAGGAGUACUCGAUCUUAACGUCCGCCCAUCUAAUCACACACCACCACCAAAAUCAGCUGCUGCACCAGAUCAGCACCACCACCAUCCACCACCACAACAAAAUCACCGAUCACCAUUAACAAUCAACACAAGACAAGGAGGAGGAGUUGGAGCCGGCACCGGUCGAAUCCUCGGCCGUAAAAUGUCAGAUGUAAGAUCUGAUUACAUAUUCGGACCUGAACUCGGCCGUGGGCAAUUCGGCAUCACAUACUUAGUCACCCACAAAGAAACACAAGAGAAAUACGCUUGUAAAUCAAUAGCUACAAGGAAAUUGAUCAAUAAAGACGAUAUCGAAGAUGUUCGAAGAGAAGUGCAGAUAAUGCAUCAUUUGACUGGACAUAGGAAUGUGGUUGAAUUGAAAUGUGUUUAUGAAGAUCGUGUGAGUGUGAAUUUGGUGAUGGAGUUGUGUGGUGGUGGUGAAUUGUUUGAUAGGAUUAUUGCUAAAGGACAUUAUUCGGAACGGGCUGCUGCUGAUUUGUGUAGGCAGAUGAUUACAGUUGUGAGUUUUUGUCAUUCGCUUGGUGUUAUGCAUAGAGAUCUUAAGCCUGAGAAUUUCUUGUUUUUGAGUGAUAGUGAAGAUUCUCCACUCAAAACUACUGAUUUUGGGUUGUCAGUUUUCUUCAAACCAGGGGAAGUGUUUAAAGACCUUGUUGGUAGUGCAUACUACGUGGCUCCUGAAGUACUGAGACGACAUUACGGGGCAGAGGCUGAUAUUUGGAGUGUUGGUGUGAUACUAUACAUUCUUCUAAGUGGAGUCCCACCCUUCUGGGGAGAGAAUGAACAGGGUAUCUUUGAUGCUGUUUUACGAGGGCAUAUUGAUUUUGUUUCUGAGCCCUGGCCUUCCAUUUCCGGCAGUGCCAAGGAACUUGUAAAGAAGAUGCUACGUACUGAUCCUAGAGAACGAAUUUCGGCUGUUGAUGUCCUAAAUCAUCCAUGGGUGAGGGUAGACGGUGAGGCUUCAGACAAGCCAAUUGAUAUUGCCGUCCUAAGUAGAAUGAAGCAGUUCCGCGCAAUGAACAAGCUAAAGAAAGUUGCUCUUAAGGUAAUUGCAGAAAAUCUCUCUGAAGAAGAGAUCAUGGGGUUAAAGGAGAUGUUUAAAUCCAUGGACACUGAUAACAGUGGAACUAUCACAUAUGAAGAGCUGAAGGCUGGUCUUCCAAAACUGGGAACCAGGCUUUCUGAAUCUGAAGUUCGGCAGUUGAUGGAGGCGGCUGAUGUUGAUGGGAAUGGAACCAUUGACUAUAUAGAGUUCAUAACGGCUACGAUGCACAUGAAUAGAAUGGAGAAAGAAGAACACCUGUACACCGCUUUUGAAUUUUUUGAUGAGGACAAGAGCGGGUACAUCACAAUGGAGGAACUGGAACAAGGUCUAGCAAAAUUCAAUAUGGGCGACAAGAAAACUAUAAAAGAGAUCAUUGCAGAAGUCGACACAGAUAAUGAUGGAAGAAUAAACUACGAAGAAUUUGUAGCCAUGAUGAGAAAAGGCAAUCCUGAUUUGGUCACCAACAGAAGACGCAAAUGAGGCAAUGAUGUCUCCUGUUGAUUCAACUUUAUUAGUUCCCUGUGCUGUCAAGUGUUGUUUAAUUUCGGCUCGAGUUUACGCGUUUUGAUUGUCUAUUAUUCCAUCCUGUUUUAGUAUAUCUAUAAAUUGCAGUCACCAUUUAUUACAGGUGACAUAUGUGAUUAAACACAAUUUUGCUUGUGUAGUCUUGAGUCUUGUUACAGUUAUGUAAAAAGCUGUGAUUAAAUUGUGAUUGUUCAUCGCAACAUCUGUUGUGUGCAUAAUUAUUCUGUAAGUUCUGUUAUCGAGUAUAACUUUGAUAUGCUUUUGCUC